AUGGCUAGCAUGGCAGAAGCCGUUCACCAAAGUCGGAAACCGAUGAAAUCUCGCUACAUCGCCCUACUAAGCGUCUUUGGGGUCAUCGGUGGUACAUUACUGAUGUUUCGCUUCCUAGCUCCCCAGCGAGGCAAAAUCAUCACCAAGGAGGAGGUAGCAGCGUACCGGGGUGGCGACACAGAUCAAACAGACCAAGGUGAGGCAUAUGGACACACUGCCCGGCCUCCACGAAAGGGAUAUCAAGUUCCCAGAGGAAGCGUGUGA